AUUAUAUAUAACUCCAUAUCCCCACCCACCCAUCAAUCCAUUCAUCUCCAUCUCCUCCCUAGAUCUCGCCCCAAUAUGGUUUCCGACAGCCCGGUGUACAACGUGAAGAUAUCCUCCGUUGGGCCGGGCCGCGCCACGGUGGGGGAAGUGGUCCAGCACUACGGCGGGCUGGAUCUGGCCAUGAAGCUCCACUACCUGCGAGGUGUCUACUUCCUGGGCAAGGCCGCCGCGGAAGGGAUGACCACCACCCACAUUAAGGAGUCCAUGUUCCUCCUCUGCAACGACUACUACAUGACCUGCGGCCGGUUCCGCCGCUCCGUGGGCUCGGGCCGCCCCUACAUGAAGUGCAACGACUGCGGGGCCCGGUUCCUGGAGGCCCAGUGCGACUUGACCUUGGAGGAGUGGCUGGACGGAUACUUCUCCGGGAAUGCCAGCUGGAAUAUUGGGCAGCUCGUUUACCAUCUCCCCGUUGGGCCUGAGCUCUUCUUCUCCCCUCCCGUCUAUUUGCAGGUAACCAAGUUCAAGUGUGGAGGAAUGUCAUUGGGCAUGAGCUGGGCCCACAUACUCGGAGACAUCUACACAGCUACCGACUUCAUCAACAACUGGGGCGGCUACCUCGCUGGCCACAAGUCCAACGGGCCCUUCCACCAACAAGCCCAGCCCAUCCUCAACCGCCCGCUCCUCCCAACCAGCCCAAACGGCCAAACUCCUGAACCGCUCUCCCUCAAACGGGUCGACCCGGUUGGCGAUCACUGGGUUACCGCCAACAAUUUCAAAAUGGAAACCUUCUCCUUCCGCCUAACGGCUACCCAGGCGGCCCAAAUCACAGCCCGCCAAACCCACAACAAGAGCAAGAAACCCUCCCUCUUCGAAUCGAUCACCGCCGCGAUAUGGAAAUCGAUUGCGAAGAUUCGAGAAGGAAUCAACGAGCCGAAGAGAGUCACCAUCAUCAGGAAAACCAAUUCGUCGCAGGAUCCGAUGACCGGCAACAACCGGAUCGCGAUCGGCUCUGUUUCGGCCGAGUUCUCGGUCGCCGAUUCUGAUUCAGGGGAUCUGGCCGGAUGGCUGUCGGAUCGAAUUGGAGAGCUCGCCGACGAAAAGAAUCUGAUCGAUGAGGCGGUGGAGAGGGACGACGGGGCGUCCGAUUACGUUGUGUACGGGGCGAAUUUGACAUUCGUAGAUUUGGCAGGGGCGGAUUUGUACGGACUGGAAAGCAACGGGCAGGGGCCGGAAUUCGUGUGUUACGAAGUUCAGGGGGUUGGGGACGAAGGCGCGGUGGUGGUGGUUCCGUGGCCGAAGAGCAGCGACGGGGAGGGAAAUGAAGGGAGGGUUGUGACGGCGAUCUUGCCGGAGGAAGAAGUCGAGAAGUUGAAGUUGGAGCUCAGGAAGAUCGGGGUGCUGGAAGAAGAUUAAGUUCGCGGUGAUUUAAGUCAAAUCGAUGUCAAGUAUUUUGUUACGCUUUAGUGUCGUGAUUGAUAACGUUAUAUGGUACGUUUCUGUGGUUAGUUACUCUUGUCUCUGUGUAUUCACUCCCUAUUUAUUGUAAUUUGAUCUGCAAAGUGUACUUUCGGUUGCUGAUUAAAGAUGAUGAAUAUAUAUUGCAGCUUGCAAACA